AUGAGUGACAAAGCAGCAACUUCUGAAGUGAUUAGAGCACUACUGAAUGCACUUGGUGAUGAGAAUGAGUGUGUCAGAUAUUGUGCAUGUGAAGCUGUCUGGAAAAUGGGUGACAAGGCAGCAACUUCUGAAGUGAUUAGAGCACUAAUCAAUGCACUUGGUGAUAAGGUUGUGCGUGUCAGAUCUUAUGCAUGUCUAGCUCUCGGGAGAAUGAGUGACAAAGCAGCAACUUCUGAAGUGAUUAGAGCACUACUGAAUGCACUUGGUGAUGAGAAUGAGUGUGUCAGAUAUUGUGCAUGUGAAGCUGUCUGGAAAAUGGGUGACAAGGCAGCAACUUCUGAAGUGAUUAGAGCACUAAUCAAUGCACUUGGUGAUAAGGUUGUGCGUGUCAGAUCUUAUGUAUGUGAAACUGUCGGGAAAAUGGGUGAGAAAGCAGCAACUUCUGAAGUGAUUAGAGCACUACUCAAUGCACUUGGUGAUGAGAAUGAGUGUGUCAGAUCUUAUGCAUGUGAAGCUCUCGGGAAAAUGGGUGACAAGGCAGCAACUUCUGAAGUGGUUAGAGCACUACUCAGUGCACUUGGUAAUGAGAAUGAGCGUGUCAGCUCUUCGGCAAGGAAGGGUCUGGCGGAAAUGAGUGAAAAAGCAUCGAUUAACGAUAGGAUGAUAGGACUGUUGGAUGCACUUAGUGUUGAUAGUUGGCGUCUUUCUCAGAAAACUUCCAUUUCUGAGUUACCGGUGGGACGGGUGGGUUCAGAUGGUGUCUUCAAGAUUUGCAUGAAGAAGUAUCAUUUAGAUUAUCUGAAAACUCUUUCUGCAGAUCAACUCAUCAGCGGAUUUUUCGAGACUGAAAAUGUUGAUUGGCUUCCUGUUAUAACCGUUGCUGCACUUCUGCAGGGAAGUGCAGUGACCGUUACUGAAAAGACUAUUGUAGUAUAUGGUAGUAAAGAUCCAGCGGUGGUGGACGUUUUCAGCUUAAAUCAUGGAAGACUGAGUCAGAAAUUAGUUGAGGCUUUUGUUGAUCAAGCAAGAAAACUUGACUUACCUUGA